AGAGGUGCGCCACCUGCUGUCUCAGCUCUGGUCACUGCGUUAUAUAUUGUCCAAUCCUGGUCGAACAGACGGUGUUUGUCGACGAAUGGUGAGCGUCAGCUGCGUGGUGGACUGUUGGCACAUCCAAUGGUCUGAGUGGUGCUGGUAGUCCGUCCGUGGUGAACCGACUGGAUGGGACGGGGCAGCGCUACAUGGGGGAUACGGCGGCUGGCACCACGGAGGCGAAAAGCCGCUCUACGAUCACGAAUCUGCGGCUCUAUCACGCUCCGCUUAUUGGGAAAUAACAAAGUCGGCGUCGCAGUUGAGGAUUUGAGCCCCGGGAUCAAUCCACGCUCCACGGGAAAAGGAGAGCGACAGGGCCAUGCACCGACACUCACCCGCUUUGUAAUCAGCGUUGUCGCUGCGUGCGCCUUUUCAGUGCGUCCUCCUCUGAGCAUGGACUGACCACAAUCCCUCUCCGGAUGAUUUGAUGGGGCUGCUCCGAGUCAUGAUGCCGCCCAAGUUGCAGCUCCUGGCGCUGCUCGCCUUCGCAGUGGCCAUGUUCUUCCUGGAGAACCAGAUCCAGAAGCUGGAGGAGUCCCGGGGAAAGCUCGAGCGAGCCAUCGCCCGGCACGAGGUGCGGGAGAUCGAGCAGCGGCACACGCAGGACGGCCUGCGGGAACGGGCCUCGGCCGCGUCGGCGCCGCCCGACGCCGACGACGACCUGGUGGUCAUUUACAACCGCGUGCCCAAGACGGCCAGCACCUCCUUCACCAACAUCGCCUAUGACCUGUGCGGCAGGAACCGCUACCACGUCCUGCACAUCAACACCACCAAGAACAACCCGGUCAUGUCCAUACAGGACCAGGUGCGGUUCGUGAAGAACGUGACUGAAUGGAGGGAGAUGAAGCCAGCGUUUUACCACGGACACGUCUCCUUCCUGGACUUCACCAAGUUUGGCGUGAAGAAGAAGCCCAUCUACGUGAACGUGAUCCGGGACCCCAUCGAAAGGCUCGUGUCCUAUUAUUACUUCCUGCGCUUCGGAGACGACUAUCGGCCCGGUUUGAGACGCAGGAAACAAGGAGACAAGAAGACGUUUGAUGAAUGUGUAUCGGCCGGCGGCUCAGACUGCGCUCCGGAGAAGCUCUGGCUCCAGAUCCCAUUUUUCUGCGGUCACUACUCUGAAUGCUGGAACGUGGGCAGCCAGUGGGCCCUGGAGCAGGCCAAGUACAACCUGGUGAACGAGUACAUGCUGGUGGGGGUCACGGAGGAGCUGGAGGACUUCGUCAUGAUGCUGGAAGCCGCUCUGCCCCGUUUCUUCAAGGGAGCCACCGAUCUGUACAAAACAGGGAAGAAAUCCCACCUGAGAAAGACCAGCGAGAAGAAGCCGCCCACGAAGGAGUCGAUCGCCAAACUGCAGCAGUCCGCCAUCUGGAAGAUGGAGAACGAGUUCUACGAGUUCGCGCUGGAGCAGUUCCAGUUCGUGAGGGCGCACGCCGUGAGAGAAAAGGACGGGGAGCUCUACCUACUGGCCCAGAACUUCUUCUAUGAGAAGAUCUACCCCAAAAACUGAAGCGCGGCGGCGUUGGGGUGGGGUGGGGUGUGGGUGGUGGUGUGUGUGUGUGUGUGUGUGUGGGGGGGGGCGCUCUGUGCAGGCUCAGCGCCGCGGCUGGUGGGUCCACGUCGGGCUGCAGAACGGCGAGCGCCCGGCCCGUCACGUCUGUGCCAAGCAGCUGGAGGGGCUCCGGUUUCGCGGACCCUCGCGAUAAAGGUCGCCUGCAGCUGGCGCGUGCUCGCAGACAUUCGCUCCAACAGCUGAUCAGACCUGGACCGCUGAUUCGGCGUCUCUGCUCCAGACUAAACCUUUUCAUCGGCUCCGUACUGUUUGGUUGUGUUUGGUUGUGUUUCAACUCUUUACUAUGGCUGUUUUUUUUGUACGUAAGGACAGCGACGCGGUGAAACUGCAUCCUCAUGCAUCAUUAACUUAAAGAGAUUUUAAGUCUACAAAAUUGACUACUCUGCUGUAUUAUUGGGCUUGAAUGAUAACUUCUGAGAUAAUGAUAACUGUUUUUACGAAAUAAAAAUCCUGUGAUCACGGAUUAGAGGAUUGCUGUAUUAUAGAGUACCUUUAUACUGUACUUGACUUUUGUUGGAUGAUGUCGUGCAGCUUCACCCAGAGCCUUUAACUGGGUCAUGAAGGAAUCUUUUACACAUGCUUUUAUGUGUGGAGGAAUAUAAGAAGAUGCUGCUGCCGUAAAUAUCCUGGACUUUUCCAGAUGUAUUAGAUUGAUUACGGUACAAUUAAAUUUUUUCUUUGUAACUGUCCGGGCAUUUUAUCAGUUUAUACAUAUUAUUUAGUCCUUUUCUUUCACUUUUUACUCUGCAGUUUAUUUUGUAUCCAGAACCAGCUGAAUAUACUUAGUGACGCAUGUGUAACCCUGUUGCUUACAGUUAAAGCCUCACAUUUUGGGAGAUAUCUAACUUGCUUUUUUGCUGAGAGCAACCUGAGAAAACUGAUGGCAGCCUAAGACAGUUAGGAUGAGUGAACAGACUGGAGAGGUGGCUCAAACAAACCGUAGUGAUUGGUACAUACAGCGAUGUUGGGUCAAAGGUCGCCCUGCUUCCACUCUGUAGGUUUUUAAGCUAAGCUAACUGGCUGCUUAAUUAUUUAGUGUAAAACUCCCUGCAAGAAACCAAAAGCAUAUCAUUUGAGAAAUUGUUUAUUCCAGUCAGAUAUUUUUCUUUGCACUUGCCAACAUACACAAAACAGUGGUGAUUCUGGUGAUGACUUUUAUUUUUCGGCCAACUUUUCAUCUUGUGUCGCCCCUCGAUUAUUUGCAGACUAACCGACAAGCAGCUCGACCUCUGUCUGCAUCAAAACCACAAAGCGGGGUGUGACCUGGGAGAGCUGCACAGAGCUACUGUCACCUCACGGCUCCUGGAGUAUUUGGCUCCACAGACGCAUAGGUAGUGCUUCUGAGGAUGUAGUUUGCUGUUCGGUUUUCGUGUGCCUUCUCUACAUGAAAGACGGGACUCUUUUGGCUGUUUUCACCUUUUCAUUGCCAAUCAAAUAUAGAAAAUGUUAAAAAAAAAUCCUAACAGAGCUUGUGUGUUUUUUAAUUCAUCGUCAUUAUGAUGACGUCAUAUUAUUGGUAAGAACAGUAGCCGUGGAAGUUAAAACCAGAUCCUGCAGAGGGAGAUAAAGAGCUGACACUUUGCUCAUUCUUAUGUGUGUAUCUACGUUUUUCUUUUUUCAAGUCCUUCAGCAUCUUCUCAUUAUGAAGUCAAUCUUUUCAUAUUAAAAAUGUCAGCUCAUUGGGGUUUUCUUAUAUUUUAGAUGCUGGUUAUGUCUGUGAGCAGAUAUUAAACAUUUUCUCUCA